AUGCACAUCCUCCGACAACAACACAAAAGGCCAUAUGUCUGCGCUAGCUGCACACGACGUAUAGCAGCUACGUUCGUCCGAUCAAGACAUGACAUUGGCUCAGCCCAGCCAGCUAUAGCUCGACUCUAUAGCACCGCGCGACUACGACCAUCCAUAAUACCACGAUUCACCCCAGGACGCUACAUACCAUCGCGCCCAAGCAGCUAUGAUUACAGCACAGCAAAGACUACGCGAGGGUCUCUCCGUGUUGCCAUCAUCGGUUCGGGCCCUGCUGGCUUCUACACAGCCUAUCGCCUCUUGAGCAAAGUCCAAGAUGUCGUCGUCGAUAUGUACGAACAGCUUCCCGUACCCUACGGACUCGUUCGUUUUGGCGUGGCCCCCGACCACCCUGAAGUCAAGAACUGCCAGGACACGUUUGAAGAGGUUGCACAAUCGCCACGGUUCAAUUACGUUGGCAACGUGCAUGUCGGACGCGAUAUAGACUUGUCGACGAUGAAGCCGCAUUACGAUGCCAUGCUGUUCUCGUAUGGCGCGAGUGAGGAUAGAAAGUUGGGCAUACCUGGAGAAGACCUGCCUGGUGUAUACUCUGCGAGAGAGUUUGUAGGAUGGUACAACGGACUGCCCGAGUUCCAAGGCUUGCGGCCGCAAUUGCAGGCUGGCGAGCAGGCGCUUGUCAUUGGGCAGGGCAAUGUGGCACUGGAUGUUGCUCGGAUACUGCUCACGCCCGUGGAUGCCCUACGAAAUACGGAUAUCACAGAGCACGCUAUACAAACACUCUCUGACAGCAGAGUCAGGUCCGUAAGAAUUGUUGGCAGACGUGGACCCGUGCAAGCUGCAUUCACAGUGAAAGAAGCACGCGAACUCAUGCACAUACCUCCUGUUGCCUUCGAGCCUAUCGACCCCUCCCUAUACCCACCAGACAUCAAGAAACUGCCCCGGGUUCAGAAACGAAUUGCAGAGGUCCUACUCAAAGGCACCAAGCUCAGUCCUCGGGAUUCUCCAAAGUCAUGGGCCCUGGACUUUCUCAAGGCGCCAAUUUCUAUGAAUGCAGAAUCUACCCACCUCUCCUCCGUCACAUUCAGACGUCAACAAUUCGCCGAAGACGCUGAUCCAUUCAACAAUUUAGCACGGGUCGUGCCUACGGAUGAAGAGAUAACCAUGAAAGCGUCGCUCGCUUUCAGAUCCGUGGGUUAUAAAUCAACCCCCUUGGCCGGUCUCUUAGACUUCGGUGUCCCCUUCGAUACCAAAAUGGGCAUCAUACCAAACGACAUCCACGGACGCGUCAUCUCACCUUCACUCGGUCCGGGCAAUCUAACUGCUGGCCAUAUGCACGGUCUCUACUGUGCAGGCUGGGUCAAGCGCGGGCCUACCGGCGUCAUUGCCAGUACUAUGCAAGAUGCAUUCACUUCUGCUGAUGUGAUCGCACACGAUUGGCAGGCUGAUGUACCAUUCUUGAAUGAUGUGAGUGGUGGGAGUGGAAGUACAGGCCUAGGCUGGGAUAGUGUUAAGGAGAAGGUAAUUGCUAAGGGUAUCAGGCCGCUUAGUUGGGCGGACUGGAAGCGAAUUGAUGAAGUGGAGCGGGCAAGAGGAAGAAGCAAAGGGAAAGAGAGGGAGAAAUUCGUGAGUGUUGAGGAGAUGUUGGCAAUGCUUGAUGCUUGA